AUGUUGGCGUCGGACGCGACAGCGAGCGCUUGCAGUUCCAGCUUCAGCACACCGGUCACUGCGCAGUAUCCCAAUGCCUACCCCGCCCUCAUCAGCGAUCCAGCUGGAGAAGAGCCAAGAGAGAUAAGCGAGGGAGUUCAGUUGAUGGCCCCAAUGAUCGUCUACUGGCAAGAAACGGAUCUUUCAGACUUCGAUCCUGGAUAUGCGGCGACACUAGCCGCAAGACUAGACAUCGACUUCACGCCGACAGCCACGUCCGAGACGGCGCCUUCGACUUCAACUACUUCUCCGGCGGACGAUGGUGGCGAAAAGUCAUCCAAACCUGAUCUCAGUAUCGCCGCAAAGGCAGGCAUAGGCGUGGGCAUCGCUAUCGCGGCUAUCCUGAUGGUAGUCGCCGGUCUCGUACUGUACAGGAGAUACGUUCGCAAGAAGGCGAGGCUUGACCGUAAAGCUGCUUUACAGAACGAACAACCUGAACUCGUGCAGACACGCGCUGCAUAA